GGGGGCGCGGCGUUGGCUGCCCCGGCCCCCGGGCCGGGCAGUGGGAGCACAGGGCCCCGCGUCUACUUCCAGAGUCCCCCAGGGGCCGCAGGCGAAGGCCCGGGGGGCGCCGAUGAUGAUGGCCCGGUGAGACGGCAAGGGAAGGUCACCGUCAAGUACGACCGCAAGGAGCUACGGAAGCGCCUCAACCUGGAGGAGUGGAUCUUAGAACAGCUCACGCGUCUCUACGACUGCCAGGAAGAGGAGAUCCCAGAGCUGGAGAUAGACGUGGACGAACUCUUGGACAUGGAAAGUGAUGAUACCCGGGCUGCUCGAGUCAAGGAGCUGUUAGUUGACUGUUACAAACCCACUGAGGCCUUCAUCUCUGGCCUGCUGGACAAGAUCCGGGGCAUGCAGAAGCUGAGCACACCCCAGAAGAAGUAAGGGUCCUGACCCAGAUGACCAUGGCUCCCACAGGACAAUCGCUGCCCCUCAACCUUGUAGCAACAGCAAUACCAGGGACCCUGCAGCCAGGCCUGGUGCCAUGAGCAGGGAUCCCCAUGCCCCUGCCUAGGGGCCACUUCCCUUGCCCUCAGUUUUCCAUUUUUGGGGUUUUUUAUUGUUAUUAAACUGAUGGGACUUUUUGUGUUUUUAUAUUGAUUCUGCGGCGCAGGCCCUUUAAAAAUAAAGCUAGGAUACGCCUUUGGAGCAGCUAA